AUGGCUAGGCGGCAGCAGGUGGCCGCCCAGAUGGAGAAUGUGGAGAAGAAGUCAAAGCCGACAACUCGCCCCGGUGAAGUUGUUGAGGUCAUCGUCGAGACACCUCAUAACUAUUCCGACAACAUGGACGUUGAUUAUGAAGCUUCGGUCCCAGGCGCUUCCGAACUGACGCUGCUCUUUGAUCCGGCGUGCGUCACCGAGAACGGGUGCGAUUGGCUCCAGCUCUACUCCGCGCCUGGCCGCAUCGGACAGAUCGGCGAGCGCUUGACCGGACCGUCGUCCAACUGGCCGUCCGGGCCGAUCGUCGUGCCGGGUGACCGGGUGUACUUUCACUUUCACUCGGACGGCUCGCGCAACGACUGGGGCUUCAAGUGCGUGGUGAGCGGCACCGUGCAGCGCGCCUCGGCGCCUGUCGCCGCCGGUGACUCGCACGAGUCGCUCGCCGUCGGUGCCAUGGUCAAGACUGUUGUUGCCCUCCUCAAGUCGCAGUCAAAGUCCGAUCCGGGCCUCACCGCCUCGGUCCUCGGCAUCUUUGACUCGCUGCUCAACGCCUCGCCGCCGGGUUCGCUCUCGGACGUCUCACCGCUCAUCUCGACCUCACUCGCAGAGUUCCAGUCGUACCUCAUCGAGCUUCUCUCCGAAUCAGGCGGCUCCGGCAGCGCUGCGUCGCUGGUCAAGAUGAUGCUCUCAAUGGCCAUUGCUCGAGGCUCGCAACUCGACAUUGUCAAGCUCCUGCCCACCCUCCUCGCCCUUCCGCCGGACACCUCGCUCCCGCUCCGUGCGCAGCUCGCCGAGUGGGCUUCAUCGUCAACCACCGUCUCGGCCCAGCUCGCCAUGCAUGCCCCUGACCAGAACUCGGUUGCAGACUUUGUCAUCGACUGGGGCUCGCGGCCCGAGAUCCCUGUCGCGUCGUACGCCUCGGACGGGAGCCAUAUCUACGCCUUUGGCACUCUCGCUGACUCCUCCUACCUCUCCAAAAUUGGAACCGGCAUCAACCUCACCGAGGCCGGCUACGUCUACGACUCGGUUCUCGAUCCCCGCGUCCGGCCUCCCGGGGUACAGGGUAACCUCAGCCGCGCCAUGGUCUUUGCCUUUGCCUCUGAGCCCGAUCACAUCCUGCUUCUCACCUUUGAGCCGGUCGUCAUCAUCACCUGGGUCUCCAAGGCCACCCUCGAAGCCGAGAACUUCUACCCGGCUGCAUCCACCUCGGGUGACACCGCGCUUUGGGCUGUCAACGAGCUUGUUCCCGACACCUCGCGCUUCCUCCGUCUCCCGCUUCGCAAUCGCCCAGCCUCCGACGGCCUCGCCCUCUACUUUUACGAGUCUGUUGUCCCGGCCGCAGCUGAUAGCGGCACCCCACCGCUUGCCUCUGCCUUUUCCGGCCUGCAGGUAGUCAAGGUCAUCCCGCGCCGAGCCGACGGCGCCGCCUGGUUCGAGUUUGCCGGCCCGGUCCUUCCCACUUUCGUCGUCAAGUACACCGCCGACUUUCCACCGCCGCCCGCAACCCACGUCUUUGGCAUCUACACCAACGGCAUCGAGCUUGUUCACAUGUGCCUCUCCGACACCAGCCCGGCCCGCCUCGCACGCUUCCGCAUUCCGCGCGAGCCGUCCGCUGCCUCCGACGCCGUGCCUGCCGCCGAGCAGCUCCAACUGCCCGACGGCCUCUCGGCCGAGAUGGACACUCGCGAGUCGACCAACCGCGGCUUCCGUUACUCGCUUCGCGCCUACGACGUCGUCAACAACCUGCUCUGGUGCGUCGACGGUGGAAAGAAGAUGCUCGCGUUCCCUAACCCAGGCUACGAUCGUCCUGAUGGCGCCAACGCCGUCUCGGACCCGUUUGUUGCCACCGUCCGCACUUCCAUUCUCGACAGGCUCGCGAGCGGGGCUACCGACGACUCGCUCACCGUCGCCGAGCUUGUUCCGCUCCUCUUUGUGCUGAUGGACAACUACGUCGCCGCCCGCUCGCUUCCGCGCUUUCCGACUGUCGCCGAGCUCACCGUCUUCAAGCCGUCUUCGCCGUUUGUGUGGGACCUCGUCUCGUCGACCUUUACCACUCUCUAUGAGCUGGUGGCCUCGGCAGCCAACCCGGUACUUGCCGAUCCGGCUGAUGCCACCCCGAUCGCCGUCUACCAGCUUGUCGUCUGCAUGCACAUGCUCCACGCUAACCUCGCCCAGCUCGCGCUCUUUGACGCAUCCGCUGGCCUCUACGGUAUGACCGACGAGCUUGCGGCUUCAUUCAUGGACAUCUGCUACGCGCUUCUCGACAUGGAGGUCGGUGACUCAAACGCGCUCGCCUUUGUCAAGGCCACCACCGUCGGCAUGCUCGCCUCGGGCUACACCGUUCUCAUUCCCUCCGAAUCGGCGCGCAUCACCCUCUUUGCCGCCCUUCUCCAGGCCAAAGACGGCCUCACUGCCGGUCGGCACAUGCUCCUCGAUGCGCUUCUCCGCCACGCCAAGGACCCGCUGGUCACCGCCCUCGCAAAGCCCGACAACGUCGCCGUCGCCUCUCAGCUCCUUGAGGCUAUCGUGGACGAGACCGCUGCCGCCGCGUCUGCCAGCCUCGCCUCAGUGCUGCCGAGCAACCUCGCCGACGCCACACCCGACGCUCUCGCUAAGGUCGCUGCCGCCUUUGACGCCCCCUCGCCGCUGGUUGUUUUUCUCAAAGAAGUGCAGGCUGUCGUCCGCGCCUCGGAUGAGCCUGCCCUCGCCAGCCUCCGCCGCAGCUACGGCGUCCACCUCCUCACCCGCACCGCCACGGUUCUCGAGGACCUUGCCGUGCUCCCAGCCGGAUGGGAUGAUGCACCGGUCGCGAUCAAGACCGGCUACCGCGACACGCUCUGCACCGCCUUUGAGCGGCUGUUUGGCACCCUCGUCCCGGUCGUCCUGAUCGACGUUCACAGCGCCGCCGCUGACGCCAGCGUCUCGCGUGUCUUUGCCGACGCCCUCGUCGCCGCCACCCUCGCUAUGGAGCGCGCGCUCGCCGCACUUCCGGCCUUUGACAUCGGCGCCGCCCAGUGUGAGACCAUCGAAACGCCGCACCCGUACACCAACAACCUCAACCUCUCGUGGUCGUUCUCCUUCCCAGGCUCGCUCUCCAUCACCGUCCGUUUCGACCCACAGUGUCGGACGGAGCGGACCCACGACUACAUUGCCAUCACCGGCUCGGACUCGGUCGAGCACCGCAUGUCUGGCACCGACUCUUGGUCCAAGCCCAUCUCGUUCCACUCGGAUGGCUCCAACGUCGAAUGGGGCGUGCUCGCCUACGUCGAGCCGGCGCUCUCCGUCCCGUGGAUUGUCUCGCUGCAGAACAUGCUCUCGUCGGUCUACGUCGCUACCUGCACCGAGCUCCUCGCCCCAGGCGUCUAUCCCUCCGACCUGGGCACCGACGUCGUGAGCAACCACACCAAGUGGCUCAACCAUCGAACUCGCCCGGCCGAGCAGGCCCUUGUUACCGCCGCCCUGGAGCCCGACGUUGUCGACAACGCUGACAACCCGUGGGCCAAGGCCAUGGACUCACUACUGGCUUCGCUAUCGCCGCCGCAAGAGCUCCAGCUGACCGGCAAUGCUCGUGACACCAUCAUGGGUCCUUACGUCCUCACCGCCCUUAACCUUGCGCUCGUCGCACACCUCUACCACUCGCGCUCGCUCGGCGAGUUCCUCGACUUUCAUCGCGGCUCGCUCGGCUCGUCGCCGGCGUCAGACGCAAGUGGAGACGCGGGCGACGCUGCCAAGGCCGCCAAGGCCAAGAAGCGGCCCAAGCCCAUUUUGGCUGUCGGCUCAAACGCAUCGCCGACAUCAGCAGUCAUUCACGCCUUCCGCUCCGCCACUGACGUCGCCCUCGAGCUUCGCCGUGCCCUCUCCCCGCUCGCCGCCCCGCUCCCGUCGGCCACGCUCGAGUACCUGCCGGCGGUCGUCGGCCUCGCGCCCGCCAACGCGGCCCUUGACUCGCCGCUGCCAUCGGCCGCCGACCUCGGGCUUGAACCCGAAGUCGUCUCUACCCUUGCUCCGCUCGCGACAUUGGUGCGGACAACACUCGGCAGGCUGCGCGCCAAGGUUGUGCUGCUGACCGGUCUCGUCCCCGCCGUUGAGCCGCAGGUCAAGCAGCACCUCCUCGCCGCUGCCCGCGCCAUGCUGCCGACCAUGGAGGUGGCAACGCCGAUGGCCGGCUCAACUGGGCCGUCCAAAGCCAAGCAGCGGUGGAAGGCAGCCAUCAAGGCCGCUCGCGCCAUGUCGUCGUGGACCUUCUGGCGCUCGGCCAUGAUGCGCGGACUCAAGCGCAAGCUCUCGGCUCAGGAGAUGGAGUCUCAGGUCAACGUGUACAAGGGCCUCUACAGCGAGGUCGCGUCGUUCCUGGCGGGAGAUACUCAGGUCUCGGCCGACGUCCUCGCCCGCCUCGUGGCGCACCACGAGGCCAACGCUCGCCAGCGGACCAUGGGCCUCACCGCCAUGUACCGCCUCAUCACCUCGGUCUCAGUCUCGUCGUUUACCCUCUGCGAGCUCCUCUCGCGCAUGUGGGAAGCGUUCGGCAGCUCGUACCGCGACGCCACUUUUGGUGUCCGCAGCCUCGUCGCCAGUCAGCUUUCAGAUGCGUACUUUGCGGUUGUCGCCGCCGCUGCCCGCGAGCUUGCCGCCGCACCGUCGACCGACGCUGCGCUCGUCAUUCUUCACAUCCUCAACAUGGACGUCCGCGACACUGACAAGGACGCGCUUAUGAACGCGCGCGUCUUCUCGUCGCUCCUCAAGUUCCUCGCCCCCAUCGCGGCUGGCGACGAGAACUCGUCCGUCGUCCGCCGCGCCACCCUUGCCGUCUUUUGCUCGCUUGCUGCUCAGGUCGUCGUCCGCUCCAACGUCUCCGAGCCGACCGACGCCGCCAUUGUGCGGGCACGGACACUCAUUUCCGUGCUCCUCGUCCGGCUCGAGGCAUGUGCCGAGGCCGCGCAGCUCUCGUCGAGCUACGUCUUUGACCUCGCAUCGCUCCUCCGGUUCGUCAUUCUCUCUGGCGAGCCGCAGACCGCCAAGGACAUCCGCGGCAUCGCGUGCUCGCCGGACAACCUCAAGUUUGUUCUCUCCAUGCUCCUCGAGACUCGGACGCUCGCCACCCAGCUGGUCCUCUUUGACAUUCUUGUCGAGCUCCUGCCGUCUACCGACGGCGUCGAGAUGGAGACCAUACUGACUGUCGGCGGCAAGCCGCUUGUUGACGCCCUUCUCCACCUCGCUGGCUCGCUGCUUCUUGCUCCGGUGCCGCGGGUGGUGCCGGCUGAGGCCCGGGCGCUCGACAGCGCCGAGACGCUGCGCCACGCCAUGCGCGAGGCCAACCUGCACGUCGCCUACGCUGCCGUCGCACUCCUUCGCGCUCUGCAGGCAAGCGCCGGUUGGAAGGCCAUGGUCGUGUCAGGCGUCAAGGCUGCACUCGACUCGCUGCCGGAUGUGCUGUCGUGGAUCAGUAUGCGUGCCAGCGCGCUCGAUCCCGCGCCGCUCUCCCCUGUUGAGGGCAAGCAGCUCCUCGCCGCCGUUGGUGCUCUUGCAGUGGCCGGCGGCAUCGCGUCGCCGCCGAUCUUUGUGGGCGCGCAGGCUACCACGUCCAGCGGCGAGAUCGUCACUGUUCUCGACGUUGACGUCCGCUCGCCCACUGCGCCCGUCCACGUCGCCGCGGGCUCGGGCUCGUCGCGGCGGCAAAUCACCAUCCCACCGUCUGAUGUCGUCCGCGUCGCUGACCGGAUUGCGCCCGCCCUCAAGGAGCUCGAUCUUGAGUUUGACUUUGUCAAGCAGCUCGUCUUUGCGCCAUCAUUUGCCAUCAAGGACAAGGCGCUCGAGCUUGUCCACACCGAUCUGCUCGUCCGGAUGCAGUGCGUGGCCGAGGCUGCCGGCGGCGUGCUUGCCGACCAGUUUGUGGCCAGCGGCCUUGUGCCCGCCCUCGUCCGGCGCGCUCUCAACGCCGGCACUGUCACCGCCGACGAGCGCGAAGCGCUCGUCCGCCUCCUCCCGAGCGUCGAGCGUCGCGCGGGGGAGACAACCAUCCGCGCCCCCUACAUGCGCAUCGCCAACGGCAUCGCCACCGAAGUCGGCGCCGACACCCCGCUCGACCAUGCCCACAAGUACCCAGCCGGCGGUCUGGCCGCUCCCAUUGUGGCCGAGGUCGUCCGGACAGAGGUGCCGCUUUCGGACGAGAACUUGCCGUACGCUGCCGACCUUCAGCUUGAGCUCUGGUCUGGCAAGGGCCGCUGCCUGCCGCCGUGGGCGGUCCAUGGCGCGGCUGUCCCGGCGCAGGCCAUAGGGUCGACCGAGCUCGUUCCGGUCAGCGGCGACGAUGCUGGCUAUGCAUUCACCCUCGUCUUUGCCCUCAAUGGCGCAGCCAUCGCCAACACCGCGCCGGGCUCGGUCGUCGUGGCCUGGGACGGAAGCGUGCCGGUCACCGUUCGGACUGGAGUCCUCUCCGAGGCACGUGGCGGCGCAGCAACGCUUGAGAUUGCUCUGGGCGCCAGCGAUGCGCAUGUGCUCGAUCUCGGCGUCCUCCCCGGCCCGGACCAGGGGCUCUCGAAUGCUACCACACACAUCAUCACCAUGUCGGUGCUGGGUAAUGCGUCGCGAACGGCAGUCGCGGUCCUCAUCAGCGGCAUGGCACACGCGACGCGGCUGCUCGAACCGGGCAUCUAUGCCCCUGGUGAGGCCUUUACCCAGGUCUCGGUAGGCAUGCCGGCUGCAGGCUCAGCUGGCUCGAUGACUGGCCUCAUCUCGAACAUCCGCGUCUACUCUGGCGAGAUGACCGAGCCGGCGUUUGGCGGCAUCAUGGCGCCUAUUGUGGCUCGGGUGGUGGACGCACCAGUGGCGGCGCGCGGCGAGGCGCGCAUGUGCGGUCGCAUGGCCAACGAGCCGGAGGCCACGAGCGUGAUCGAGCUCGAUGCUGCGGCAGUUGUGAGCUCGACCAAGGACGCAUACUUGCUGGAGGACUCAUCGCCAACACCCAAGGACGCAAUCCCGGUGGCUGGCAAGGUUGUGCUCCUGCUCCAUCCGAACAACUCGUCGGGUGCGGUCUCGGAAGCUGCGGUCCGCAAGGCCCUGGUGGCUCAAGUGCGGCAGAUGGAGGCGUUUGGCGCGGUUGGCGUCAUUCUCAUUUGCACAGCCCCAGCACGGCACGAGCCUGCCGCGGCGCUAGACACGCUCGGCGACGCCGAGUUUGGCAUUCCGGUCCUGGCCAUGGUCGCCAACGAGCUCCGUGGCAUCAUCCAGGCCAUGGUCGACGCUGGACAAGUGCGGGCCAUGCUCGAGCUUGGUGCCUUCCGCAUCGACAACUGCUACGGCGCGCUGCGCAAGACUGGCGGCACGCUCGACACGGCAGUGGCGCUGCUUCUAGAGAGCAACGAUGGAAAUAGUGCCGGUACCAGCCUUAUCUCGGCGCUCGCAUCGGAUACUUCGCUUGUCCAGGCGGCGGCGGAGCGGCCGGCAGUGUCAGCAGCCGGCGGGUGGUCACGGGCGGUGGUGCUCGACACGCCUGUGGCGCUCUCGUCGAUUGUGGUCCGCGGCACUGGCCCGCUCGUCGAUGUCGAGGUCGAGGUCUUUGCCGCUGGCAAGAGCGUGUGGACGUCAGGCGUGCUCAACCCCAGCACCGCCGCUGGCGAUCACGCGGCACGGUGUGUGGUCGCUGAGCUUGCCGCUAUGCUCCCUGACGACGCCGACGACGUGGUCGCCGAGGCCGUUGUGGUGCGGGUUCCGCGCGACGACCGCGAUGGUGACGGCCCACUUGGCCCGGACGCGCGGAUUGAAGCCUACGGCUCGGUUCCAGGUCUGCUGUCAGGCAAGAGCACCGCUGUCAUCAACGGCGCGUUCCAGGUUGCUGUUGACGGUAAUCCGCCUUCGGUGGCCAUGGCCUCGCUCUGCGACGGGACACCGAGCAUGGAGCUCGACGUGGCGCUCAACGUGCCCAUCACGCUGACUUACCAGCCGCAGGCCGGCUUCCUCAUUGGUUCAAUUGUGGCCCAUGUGGGUGACGGCAUUGAGCGCGUAGUGGUCUCGGCUGCCGCGAGCGACGGAAGCAGCAAGUCAGAGGGUAUCGAGCUGUGUGUGGUGGGCGAGACGCAGAUGGUGGCCAAGACGUUUGACCCGCCACUGGCGGGCGCUGUCCUUACCGUUGUAUUCGAAGGGAGUGCGCCAAGCGGCAAGUCGCGUGGACUGCUCAUCCGCGGCGUGACCGGAUGCCUCAGCGCCGACGGCUCGGGCGUGGUGACGAGCUCCGGUAGCGACUCGUCGUGGAAGCCGAGCUUCCUCGCGCCGGUCACCGGAAUGCGGACGUACUGCGACGAGGAGAGUGACGCGUCCAUCCUGGCCAAGGGCUCCGGGGCCGAGACUGGGCUCCUCAAAAAGGUCCACGGCGCGCUGGGCACGAUGGAUUCGGGCGUUGUGCACGAGCCGCUGGGCGAGAUUGCGGUGCUGGCGGCGCGCAAGGUGGCAUCCUACGCGCGGCAGGCGCUAGUCUCGCAGAUUGUUGCGGCGUGGCCGGCACAAGUGCCGCUGACGGUGGACGCGCUCGGCGAGGUUGAUGCCGUCGCGCGGUUCCUCCUUGCCACCGCCAAGAAUCAGAAGCCGAUGCAGUUCCUGCUGGUGAAGGAGAAGGCAAAGGUGCCGCUGGCCUCGUUCCUGGCGCAGGUCCGCAAGCUUGUGGCAGACUCGGGCCCGGCCGCCGGGCUGGAGCUUGUGCAGGCGCUGCUGAAGCUGUGUGUGGCCGACGCCAAGGACGACGAGCUGCAGCGGGCGGCAGCGAUCGUGAUCCUCACCCAGGUGGUGUUUGAAUAUCCCGAGGCGGUGGGAGGAGCGGCGGACGAGGUCCACGAGGUCUUGCUGCGGUGGCUGUGGCGGAGCGAGUCUGUCAAGACCCGCGGGGUCAUUCUCAACGCGCUCGUCAAGUUCCUCGGCGAGAUGCUGCGCACGGGCAUGCGGCCGGACAAGCGCUUUGCGCGGGCGUACGUUCUGCUCAAGAAGCACAUGUUUGCCACCCACUCUGUCAAGGACGCCAUUGCGCCGGUGUACGUGCAGAACAUGGUGGAGACGCUGCUGGUGUGGGAGGAGGUCAAGGCGUUGCCUGCAGCGGCGCCAGCGGGUGCCAAGGGCAAGGCCGAGGCCGAGGGCGUGGGCGGCGACGAUGCCAUCGACGAGGAGGCCAUCGAUGUCGGCGAGGUGCCGUCGCUCCUCCCAUCCGCGCUGGAGCCGCGGACGCCCCACACGGCGGUCGACGGGUGGGUGGCGCGCGGGCUGGCGUCGGAGCGGUGCGUGGUGAGCGCCGACGUCGAGUUUGCACCCCGCGGUGGGAGCCGGGUCGGAUACUACGAGGUCCGAGUCGUCUCGCUCCAGCCGGGCACCUCGUUCUGCGGCAUUGGGUUCAUCAACUCGGAGUCGUCCGAGUUUACCACGCGUACGAUCGGGGUGUGCGGCGGAACUGUGGCCAUGCACUCUGAUGAUGGCGCUCUGUACUGCAACAACACACGCGGCGGGACCGGGCAGUCGUACUCGACGGGCGAUGUCAUCGGAGUUGGCGUCGACUUUGCCGCGUCGGUGGUCUUCUUUACCAAGAACGGCAACCUGCUUGGCGACCGGAUCCAGACUUGGGACGUGUCGAUUCCGUUCCGGGCAUCGGCCACGCUACGGGCGUCGGACAACCAGUUUGAAUUCAACUUUGGCGACGACCUAGAGGCGCGGCCGUGGGCGUACGACCUGGCGUCGUACCCUGCCGCAGAGGAGGGCGGUUCGGCGGGCGGCUCGUCGGUGCCGGUGUGGUGGGAGCGGACACUCCUGCUCAACGCGGCGUCCAAGGCGCUUGCGUCGGGCUCGACCGAGGCGUUCUCGCCGCAGCUGCUGGAGGCUGCGUACAACCCGGAAAUCAAGUCGAGCGAUGUGUUUGAGACAGGCCACCCGUACGACCACAACCUCGACACCGAGUGGAGCUUUGUGUGCCCGGGUGUGGAGUACCUGACGGUGACGUUUGACUCGAACUGCAAGACGGAGAACAACUACGACUACCUCAUGCUGUACCACGAUCGCGAGAAGCAGCGGCCGGUCCAGGAGGCCAAGUUUACCGGGACGAGCUUCCCGUCGAGCCCGCUGCGGGUGGAGGGCGACCGGCUGUUUGCACACUUCCACUCUGACUCUUCGAACAACGAUUGGGGCGUGCGGUUCACGGUGGAGGCGCCGUCGAAGGACGUGGCGUCGAUAAGCGAAAAGGUCGACGUGGAGAGCAUGCGAGGCCAGUUUGUGUCGCGCGGGUGGCGACUGAGCGACGACGCGGCGCUGGCACAGAUGCUCAACGAGCUUGCGGCGCAGAGCCGGAGCGAGGAGCCAUGGAGCGCCGCGCCGGCCAAGCUCCGUAAGAUGCUGGAGGAGGUGUGGGCCGCACCCGAGCGUGCGCCGCACGGCAUCGAGCUCGAGGAUGCGCUUGCGCGGAUCCCGAUUCUGCGGCUGUUUAACGCGCUGGUCAAGGAAGCGUUGCCGCUUGUGGACCUUCGGGCUGGCCGGGCCGGAUCGCUGACGCUCUCGGGGCGGCUGGCCGGGCUCUCGUCGAUCAUCUUUGUCAACAUGAAGGUCGAGUUCCUGUACAUGCUCAUCGAGAAGACCGCGUCGAAGGAGAACAAGCCGUCGAUUCACGUCUCGCGCAUCCUGGCGACAAAGCAGAUGGAGGCCGAGAAUCCGUCGCUGGUCGACACGCUGUACGGGCAGUUUGCGCGGGCUCUGGCCUCGCCAGAGAUGGUCUCACGGAUCCGGCUCAACGACCGAGCAUGGAAGGUGUACUUUAAGGGCGAGGGCUCUGUAGACGCCGGUGGACCGUGGCGCGAGUCUGUGACGGUCAUGGCGAACGAGCUCGAACACCCCAAGGUCGGCCUCUUCACCCUCUGCCCCAACGGCAAGCUCGGCGUCGGCGCGUACCAGGGCAUGCAUGUCCCGAUUGCGUCGCUCGGAAACAAGCACCCGGAGUUGUUCCGGUUUGUGGGCCGCCUGCUUGGCGUCUCGCUCCGGACGCGGCAGUGCGUCCCGCUCUCGCUCUCGCCGGUGGUCUGGCGGGCGCUGCUCGGCCAGGAUGUCGAGCCCCGCGAGGUGCUCGCCGAGGCGGACGUGACAACGGUGACCAACAUGGACAAGAUGCUCCACAUCGAGGACGAGGGCAUCACCGCCGAGACCUUUAGCGGCACCUUCUUUGAGACCUUUACCACGCACCUCUCGGACGGGACCGAGGUGGAGCUGUUGCCUGGCGGGCGCGAGCGGGCGCUCACGUUUGAAAACCGUGGCGAGUACGUGGAGCUGGUGCUGAAGGCGCACGCCCACGCCUACGACGCCGCGCUCGCCGAGAUGCGCAGCGGAAUGGCGGACAUUGUGCCGCUGCCAGUCCUCUCGCUCUUCACAUGGGAGCAAGUCGAGCUGCUGGUGUGCGGACGGCCGGAGCUGGACGUGGAGAUGCUCAAGCGACACACGGUCUUUGCCGACGGCGUCUCGAUGGAGCAGGAGCAUGUCCAGUGGCUCUUUGAGAUCCUUGAGGAGUACUCGACCGAGGAACAAGCGCUCUUCCUCAAGUACGUUUGGGGCCGAACGCGGCUCCCGGUCUCGGACGCCGCGUUUACCCAACCGUUCAAGAUCAAUGCGUCGCCCUCGGGCGCAACUGACGAGCAUCUGCCGUCGUCGCACUCGUGCUUCAACUCGCUCGAUCUGAUCCGCUACUCGUCCAAGGAAAUCAUGCGUCGCAAGCUGACAUAUGCCAUCCGCAACGUGGUCACCAUCGACCUUGAUGGCGGCACUGUGGAUCGUGGUGCAUGGGCGUGAUUAACAUGACUGGGCACACUGA